UACUAAACCACCCUGGCAAUUUAUAACUUUACUACCGCGAGGCUACGUACCUACGUCGUAACGUCGCUUACGUUUGUAUUUUCUGUAAGGAAAAACGUAUUUUUCGCAUAAAGUUUACGCAAACAAGAAAAUGAUCAGUAUUGGUGCUCUCGGCGCGAACCAGUUGAGGUGAAACUCGUGCUGCAGCACAAAACUGCGAAACGUGGUGCUGGCCACACGGGCCGCAGUUUGUUAUCAAACAGCGAGUGGCAAGUGGCAAUCGGCGGGGCGAUGGCGGAGGCGGCGCCCGGUAACAUCGUUAAAGAAGGAUGGUUGCAGAAACGCGGCGAGCACAUCCGCAACUGGCGCGAUCGCUACUUCAUCCUGUUCGACACUGGCGACCUGGUGGGCUUCAAAGCACAACCAGAGCGCAACAACUACCGCGACCCGCUCAACAAGUUCACCGUACGCGACUGCCAGAUCAUGGCCGUGGACAAGCCGCGCCCCUACACCUUCACCAUCCGCGGCCUGCAGUGGACCACCGUCAUCGAGCGCAACUUCUCCGUCGACACCGAGAGGGAACGUGAGGAGUGGGUGGCGGCCAUCCGGUACGUGGCGUCGCAGCUGAGCGUCGGCGGGCCCAGCACCAGCGGCACCGUGCUCUCGGACGCUGACGACGGGGACAUAGCUCAGCUCGGCACCAGUUUCCGUGAUCCUCGCCGUAUAACGCUGGAGAAGUUCGAGUUCGUGAAGGUGCUGGGCAAGGGCACGUUCGGCAAGGUGGUGCUGAGUCGCGAGAAAGGUACUGGCAAGCUGUACGCCAUGAAGAUACUCAAGAAGCAUCUCAUCAUACAGAAGGACGAGGUGGCGCACACCAUCACUGAGAACCGCGUGCUCAAGAAAACUAAGCAUCCCUUUCUCACGGCGCUGCGCUACUCGUUCCAGACAGCGGACCGCGUGUGCUUCGUAAUGGAGUACGCCAACGGCGGCGAACUGUUCUUCCAUCUGUCGCGCGAGCGAUACUUCAGUGAGGAACGCACGCGCUUCUACGGCGCCGAGAUCGUGUCCGCACUCGGGUACCUGCACGCGGAGGGCAUCAUCUACCGCGACCUCAAACUCGAGAACCUGCUGCUGGACAAGGACGGCCACAUCAAGAUCGCCGACUUCGGGCUGUGCAAGGUCAACAUCACCUACGGCCGCACCACCAAGACGUUCUGCGGCACGCCCGAGUACCUCGCGCCGGAGGUGCUGGAGGACACCGAUUACGGGCCCGCCGUCGACUGGUGGGGCACCGGCGUCGUCAUGUACGAGAUGGCGUGCGGCCGCCUGCCCUUCUACAACCGUGACCACGACGUGCUGUUCACGCUCAUCGUGAAGGAGGAGGUUCGGUUCCCGCGCACGCUGUCAGCCGCGUGCCGCGCCUUGCUGGCCGGCUUGCUCACCAAGGCGCCCGCCUCCCGCCUCGGCGCCGGGCCUGACGACGCCCACGAGAUCAUGAACCACCCCUUCUUCGCGUCCAUCAACUGGGCCGACCUCGUCGCCAAACGGAUCCCGCCGCCAUUCAAGCCACAGGUAGAAUCGGAGACAGACACGCGCUACUUCGACUCGGAGUUCACCGGCGAAAGUGUCGAGCUGACGCCGCCGGAGUCUGACAGCGGCCUGGCGCAGAUACAGGAGGAACAGUUCCCACAGUUCUCAUACCAGGAUAUGUGCUCGUCGGCGCAGUCCGCGCUGUCGCACCUGUCGCAGCAGUCGGCGCUGGCCGACAGGCGCCAGUAGCCGCCGACGCCGCCGACUCCGCCGACACCGCCGCCUACGCCUCCGCCCCCACCAACACCGCCGCCGACGCCACCGCCGACGCCUCCGCCGACACCGCCGCCGACACGGAUGCCGACGGCGGUGGCGGUGCCGUGACGUCGGUCGGUCGGUGGCGAAGUGGCGGCGGAGUCGGAGCCGAAGGCGGCGGCGGAGCCAGAGGUGGUUCUCGCCGAGGUGCACUCGUGUCGGAAGCGGUCGCUUUUUGCAUAUAUUUGCUGUAUCCGGAGAAAUGAAUCCUUAUGAAUUGGACGCGACACGUUCAAAUACGACCGCGCCUCCAAGCGGCCGGGUUUCAAUUCAAACUAUGUAAAAGAUGCAGUACUCGAUUUAUUUCUACAACAGAUAUUAUGUUUAUGUAAAGAUGUUUAGAAGUGAUUGUCUAAAUAACAUGUAACGUGGUGCGGUGCGGCGCGGGUUGUGGUGGGUGUCGGCGUAGGCGAGAGCGGGGGGGGCGGGGGGGGCGUACGCCUUGAUCGACUUUAAGCGGUUAUUUUUUUAAUCCUGCUCUGCUAAUAUGUAACGUAUUUAUUUACUUUGUGCUUAUACAUGUUUCUUAUGUGGGUGGUGAUGUGGUAAGCCGGUCGGUUCUCACUUCCCAGGCCUCGUUCGAUUCGAUUUCUAGACAAUAUGGUAGAUGCCUUUGUUUGUUUUUAUCCAUUAUUUUAUUAAUCUUCUUGUUUAAACGCGGUAAAAUUAUAUAUUAUAUGUGAUUGGUUUCUCGGAAACGGCUGGUCCGAUUUGGAUGGAAUUUUGAAUCUAGGUACGUUACGCCUAAAAUAAAAUUUUAAUAUUAUUUUUUUAAGCCGCCCUUACUUACUGAACGAAGUAGGAGGUGGGGGAAGAAAAUUUAAUCGCUGGAUCGAAAUGUGAUAAAAUUAGGUUUGGAUCUAUCUUGAAGUUUCAAAAUAUCUGCCUGUUUUCACUCAUAUACUGGUUUUUCACAGUUAUCACUUCCAUUUUGUUUCAACACUUGUAACUUAUUUAUUUUUGAGCGAAUAUAAAUAUUUUUAUUGCGCUAUGAUGUAACAAAAAUUUUUUUUAUAUAAGAAAUAAAACCGAUUACGCAUCUACCCUAUUUGAUCUUAAAUAUCAGUUCUUUUACGGCGCAAAACCAUAAAUAUUAUAUUAAAUAAUCUUGUGUGGCGAGUGUCUGCUACUUUACGAGACUAUAAUAAUAACAUAAAAUAUAAAUAUACCGAGGUUGACACAGCAGCAGUUUGUUUCCCAUGGUGUGGAGCGAAUGUUUGACCCCCCCCCCCACCCCCCCACCUCCACCCCGCGCCGCACGAGCCGCGUGCCACUUCGAACGUAUUGACUAAGCAUCAUACAGUGAGACAUUUGAGUACGACGGAGGGUAGCGGGGGCGCCCACCCCCACCUGCACCCGUGGCCCCUGGGCCCCGCGCCCCGCCGCACGUGUAUUUCCUUUUGUAUAUAUUAAACUUAGGAUUUAAAAGA